GCCGAUUGUUGCUUCUCCCUCUCCUUCUCUUCGAUCUACUUGCAAAGCUGGCUCUUCUUCUCUUCUCACCUCUCCUUGACAUUCAACUGCAUUUUGAGUUUUCACUCUUUCCAUUCCUUUCGUACGAUUGUCCCCGCAACUCUGACACUACUCUCCAUCUGACGGACUCCUAUACAAAGUCCCCCUCCGUCACAUGAAAAUCGCUCCCCGCCGCAUCUCGUGCAAUCCCUCGAUUACCACGCAUUCCUCGACACGCCCCUUUGCUCAAAAGCCGUCGUUUCCCUCCUCCGACAAGCCUCUAUCGGACACUCAACCGACAGAUCUAUCCAUCCCAUCAUCAGAGAAUCCACCAUGCCAUCCGCCCAACCCCCCUCCAUCGCCUCCCUCGCCUCCAGCUCCUCCGACCCCUCCGACUCCCCCUUCCCCGGAAGCGCUCGCUCUCCCUCCUCCUCCACAACCCCUACAGCCUCCUCCGCCAGACAGGGCGCCUCGUCCUCCGCUGCGGCCGCAGCCGCCGCCGCCGCCGCCCAGCAGGAGAAAGACAAACCGCGACUGACGGAGCAAGAGAAGAAGAACAACCACAUCGCAUCGGAGCAGAAGCGCCGCGCCGCCAUCCGCGAGGGCUUCGACCGUCUGACGGAGCUGGUGCCGGGCCUUGAAGGCCAGGGACGCAGUGAGAGCAUUGUGCUCAAGAAGACGGUCGAUUUCAUGCAGAUGCAGAUGCAGGAGCGGCAGGACUUGAUUGCGGAGAUUGAGGGCCGUGGGGGGAGAGUUGAGGAUGGGUUUCGCUUGCCGUGAUUUAUCCCUCCCUCUCUGUCUUUCUGACUUUUUUUUUCGCAAGAGGGUGUCUACUUGUGAGUGGAGUGAAAUUACUUGAGGGCUUCUUUCUACUUCUACUUCUACUACGAUGAUUGACGAUGUGAUGGGUUAUGUAUGGUAUAUAUCUACCUAGGGGACGUUGUUGUAUUGUGCGCUUCACCCCGUGGCGUCGGUUCAUGGAGACGGAGAAGGAUAUGGAGAAAGAUGGAGAUGGGCCCACCGCGGCAUUUGCGCAUUCUGCCCCAACCAACCGAGGUCCGAUCCUUCUUCUUCGGACGACCUCAGUAUUCGUCCUCUUCUUUUUCGUCCUAGUCUUGUCUCAUCUUGUGCUUAUUAUCUCUUUUGCGGAGUUUGAACUGGAUGUGCUGGGAUGGGAUUGGAUCGGUUUAUUUUUAUCACAUGGGGGGGGGGAUGAUUUCGUCCGGGAUACUCCAAAAGGGAGGAGAACGCGCCAAGCCCGCUCCAGCUUACUCCAUCAUGGUUCAAGAUGGAUGGAAUUCACUGAGCUGGACACGUGGGUCUCUGUCUGUUUGACGGUCAAUUUGCUCUCCUUACCCUGGUGUUUUGGGAUCACUGGCGUUGGGCGCAUUGGUGUGCUUGUCUGUACCAACUACUACUAUACCUACUACCUAUCGACCUCCUACCUAGUACUGAAUAUCACUAUCAAUGUCGAUCGAUGUUGUCUAUUCAGUACUAUCU